AUGUCAUCCAACACGACAACUCCGGAGCAGCAGGCCUCUCUGGAAUACCAAAGAACCCAUCUCCACGAGGAUCGCGGCCCGGAAGUGUUAGCAGCCUGCGUUGUCAGUAUUGUGUUUUGUGUGUUGGCGGUGAUUCUUCGAAUAUGGGCCCAGUCCCUCAUUCACAAGGUGUUUACGCCCGAUAGCAUCCUGAUUUAUAUUGCGGCGGUGAUAGCGAUCGCAACGGCAGCAUGCACUAUUGCCGCAGUCCAAAGUGGACUGGGAAAGCAUCAGCUCCGUGUCAUGGCGAUCGAUCCGGAUCCGCCAGCCAAAACGGCAUUCAUCUUUGAAAUGGGCUAUAUUGUGACCGUCCUCCAAGCCGCCGCUUUGAUGUUCACCAAACUGUCGAUCCUGCUAUUCUAUCAGCGAGCGUUCACAACCGUGCUGCGGCCCGUUAAAUGGACCAUUUGGAUACUCUUCUAUUACUGUAUAGGGCUGGGUAUCGGGUCGACAGUGGAAUUCAUCUGCGCCUGCAUUCCGCCGCAGAUGUUUUGGCUGCGAGUGUAUCCCAUCUUUGGCUACGAGCUGCCGGAACCUCUCGAAGAGAAUUGUCUUCCGCAGCAAAUGCACCUAGGAGUCCCGCUGCUCUUGGAUCUGGCAUCCGAGAUCGUCAUGCUCGCGGUGCCUGCCAUCGUUCUGUGGAACCUCCAACUUCCUCUCCGCAAGAAGAUCGGGUUGACCUUUGCCUUCUCCAUGGGAAUCUUCGUCACGGCUAUUUCCGUGAUCCGGUUCUACUACUCGUGGCACAUGGUCAACGACGGCGACCUCUCCUGGGACGACACAGACAGCUUCAUGUGGACGUCAGUGCAAGUCUGCUUCGGAAUUACCACGGCGUGCAUUCCGGCGUGCGCGCCCUUGUUGCGUAUGGUCCAGGCGCAUGCCACGCGCAAAGCCACUUACGGCAGCAGUUUUAAGUCGAAUUUCACCAGCCAUUCGAAACCGAAAGCUGAAACGGACAGCGUGAUGAAUCUAGCACAGACGAGCUGGGACGACGUGGAGCAGGUCCCGUGGUCACGUAACCGCUGCGAAAUCCGAUCGGAGACGCCCGCACGAGGAGCUCCGCCUAUCCAGAUGCAGCCUCUGGGGAUUCAAGUGUCGCACGACGUGCAAGUAGGCCAUGUACCAAUAACAGUAAGACCGAACAAGUAA